CCUGCCUGCUGCGCCAUGAUGGGGAAGCUUCCCCUCGGGGUGAUCUCCCCAAAUGUGAAGAUGAGUUCAGGGGGCUGCACGGACCCUCUAAAUUUCUAUGCCACCAGCUACAGCACAGCUUACGGCCGGGAAGAGUUCAAGCCCCACAGGGGCUGCCACAUGGGCACCGGCUACAAGUCCAACCUACGGCCCUGGGUCUCCUACCAACCCAGCCUGGAUACCCUGGAUAACCCAGCCAUGGGGGAGCAGAUCCAGGACACCUUCCAGACAGUGACUAGCAAGAGCUAUGGUCCCUGGGAGGGGCCUGAUGGUCGGACACCUCUUCCCUGGAGCAUGCACCAGGGCUGCUCCAGCUACAGCCGAGAGAGGCCAGGCAUGGAGCCUCUCACUAAGGAGGUCAAGAAGGUGCACUUCGACACCCAGGAGCAUGGGCCAAAGGCCAUACCGGGGCUGGAGCCCAAGGCCGUGCCCCUGCUCCUGCAGCAGCAGGACAGGGGCUCUCCGGAGCGGGAGAACGCAUGCUAUGGCCCACGCUCCAUGACGUCUGAGUACAGUUCCAAGUAUCUCAGGGAGCUGUCCACCCGACAGGAUCUGCUGCAGAAGAGGUCCAUUGGUGCCAAGGAGAGGACAGGCUUCACCGAGGGCUCGGACAAGGGCCCCCUGGACAUCCAGUCACCCUCUCAGGUCCUUCCUGGCUGCAGUGUCACCAAGGCAGACUUUCUCCCCAUGACUGACUCCCAGGGAAGUGAUUUCCUGCCAGUAUUGGCCCUCGGCUCUGAGCGGGAGACUGGCUACAGCCGAGUGAAUGAGAGGAGGACACUGGACCCCAGGGUGACCUCUCCAGGCCCUGUGCCCAGCAGCACAACCCAUGGGCACUUCCGACCGCCCCGGCCAAUGCAGCAGACCAAUGUGGCCCUGCUGGGUCGCCAGGCUGUGGGGUCCAAGGAGCCCACAGGCUUCAGCCUUAAUAACACGAGCCACUUCCGCAGCCUGCAUGACCCUGACCGGGACAGCCGAUACCUGACCACCUACAGCCAGGGGUUCUUCGAGAACAUCCCCAAGGGGCUGGACCGGGAAGGCUGGACCCGAGGUGGUGUCCAACCCUUGAAGCCCAGUGGCUACGCUCUCAACCAGGGCCCCACAUGCUUGGAGCCUAGCCCCACCGCCCCGGAGAGCUUGCAGCACCUCCACAGGGCAAGAGCCCCGACCCCCACUGACUCCUUCCAGGCUACGCCCUAUGGCUGCCGAUACCCAGCGUCCCGCUGAGGCUGGGCCCAGGGUGCCAGCCCCUCAGGACCAUGUGACCCAGCUGUGGAGUCCAGGAAAAUGCCCAGGAAAUAAAGAACACAGUACAGUGCA